AAUUGAAACACAUUUGAAAUAUAGAUCCAGUGGAAAUCGUAAAAUAAAACUGAGACAAAACUUAUAUAUAUGAGAAGAUGAAUGUUGGAAAACUUUUUGUUGCAGUUCUCUGCUUGGUGGUUGCUGUGGCCGCUGAGAAGCAAUGUUCUCCACUAAUGGGAUUCGGAAGCGAAGAAGGAUUAUUAUGCACUGUUGUAAAGAACGGUGUUUCAGAAACAGUCGAUGCUGAUGAUUGUCACAAACAUAAAGAUUGCUGUAAAAUCGGUGAAGGAGAAACUGCAGUUUGUUAUGCCCAGCUUAAUCAUGAGAGACUUUCAGCAGCUACUGCGAAUGCUCGAACAGUCGACGAUAGUGACGAUCUGUACAAAAAAGCCUUAAAAAUGAAAAGAGACAGCGCAAGAUUUCUCCAUUUACGUCCACCAGCAUUUCCUGGAUGUCCUCAACCAAUUCCAUUUCCAGCAAGUUGUAAUCCACAAAUGAAUGAACCCUACGUCCUCGAUCCACCAGUUGAUAUUCCUUAUUGUGUCAGAAUCCCAUGUUCAGUCGACAAUGCAGAAUUAGACACCGAUCACCAUCUCUGUGGUUCACAACCUGGUUGUUAUUUUGACAAAGAAUUGUUUGAUUUCCGAGAAGCUUUUGGACCAAGUGUUCUACCAGGAGUUCCAGUUUGUCAUAUGGCAAUAAGAAAUGCUGUUUUUCAACAAAAAGCUCAAUUAGUCGUGAAAGAGCACGGAAUAUGGAAUCCUUACUUCACAAACUGCAUUCUGCAAGAGUUCCAAUUGGAGAUGAAAACACCAAAAGGUUGCGAACUUCUUCCAAUUCUUGACGUUUUUCACGUUCGUCCAAAAUUGGCCGGAUGGAAAAAUAUUAAUCCCAGAGAAUGUUCUUUGAUUGAUGGAUGUUUUAGAUACGGAUACGGUUGUUUUUAUUCAGUUGAUAUUUCGAAUGUCAGGGUCAAAUCAGGUCAACGUCAAGUCGCAUUCAACAAGCAUGAGAUCAUUUUUGGAAGACCUAGAUGCCAAAUAUUUGAUACAAGUUCUCCCGUUCGCAUACUUCUGAGUUAUCAUCAAUGUCUCAGCGCUGGAUGCACUGUAGAUUCUUCCAUCACAACUAACUAUUUUCACAACCUUUUUGCUGUCGGUGAAGAUAUGACUGUUGAUAAGCACUGGGAUUACUGGACCGGAGUGCAAAAGGGGGAAAUUGGUGCCUACAAUAUUGACGACAGAAUCAUUAAUUUUGAAUACACGACGGAUGAUAAGAAUAAUUCAAAACCCACGACUUCUCCGAAGACAAACAAUCCAUUCGAGUUAUCGUCUGAAAAUUCAUUUUCAGUUCCGACAGGUCCAAACACAUUUGCCUCUCCACGAAAUCCAAAUCCAUUUGCUCUACCAGCAAGUUCAUUUCCGCCUUCGCCAUCUAUGCAUAUGAUUACGGGUAAAAGCGAGGCAUGCGGUCAUAUAUUCAAGCCAUAUGGAGCAAGACCGUGCAGUCCUCCGGUUGUUCCUCAGUUGCCUUUCAACAGCUACUGUCCGUACAAACCAUUCCACGUCCCAAGAUUUGCUCCCCUCAAAGGAAGAUUUGACGGAUGUUGUGACGUUAAUUUGUGUUAUCUUCCUAAAUCUGAAAUCCUGAAAAUGCAUUCUGGUCCAUCUCAUUAUUACACCGAAUGGAGCAUGUUCUCAGCCUGCUCAGCUACAUGUGGCGAAGGACAAAAGCGCCGUUAUAGAAAAUGCGUCAGUGAGGAUAAAAGCAGAUGUACGGAACCUUUAGUUAAAGUUAGCAGAUGCAACGAUCAACCUUGCGCUUCAUGGAGUCCGUGGGGUCAAUACAGUCCAUGUCCAAACACUUGCUAUCCUGGAGGAGUUCAAACAAGAAGAAGAGUUUGCAGACCGGCUAGUGGAUUUUGUCUUGGAGAUUCUGAACAAGUGCAAAGUUGUAAUGAGCACCCCUGCGAUUAUGACACACCGGCUGGUAGAUGGACUUCUUGGAAUCAGGAAGCAUGUAUCUACAACAGGUUCACUAAAACAUGCGAAGAAACAAGAACAAGAUAUUGUACUUACAAUGGACUUCCAGGGGGCAAAUGCCGUGGUUCAUCAUUAGAAACCAAAAAGUAUCGAUGCUCAGGAUGUCCCAACAAACGAGGUUAAUGAACGGGAUUGGUAUAUAUAUAACUCAAUGACAGUUAUUUACAUUAUGCUUUAUUUAUUUCUAUGAUUGCAAAAUAAAAAUCAUACAUUACUCGCAAA